AAUUAAUUCUUGGCAGGCCUUUGAUCUCCGGAGUUCAGAAACCUCCAUCGUCCCAACCUCUCUCAAGCCCCACACCGACGACCUUCACCGAGAGGUGGCCUCGAUUCUCAAAGGCAUCUGCAUCUCAUAUGGACUACCCCUAGCUAUUACGUGGGGACACCAACAAGGCUCGUGCCUUUCAGCUAUAGUCUCUGCUUGUUACGCCUCUGACCAGAAGAGCCGCAGCUUCCUGUCCGCCUGCUCAGAGCACCAUCUUCUUGCCAAGGAAGGAAUCGCUGGAACUGCCUUUGCCACCAAGAAACAGUAUUUCGCAAAAGAUGUGGCCAUCCUCAGCUACAGCUACCCACUCUCCCACUACGCCAAGAUGUUCGACCUCCACGCUGCUCUUGCCAUCCCUCUCCUGACCAGAUGCAGCCGCCGCACCGUCCAAUUUGUUCUCGAGUUCUUCUUCCCCAGAGACAGUCUUAUUAAUCAGAGGCUGAUCCUUGAUUCCCUAGCCUCCCAACUCAUACUACGCUUCCAGAGAUCACCUAAUCUGAUGGUAGACGACCAGCUCGCAGAAGAAUUCACGGACACACACACGGCCCUGACAAUAGAGGAGUCACCGUGCAUGUCCCACAAGGGUAAGGGAAAACAUGUGUCUGUCUCUUGGAGUGGGGAAGUGAGGGAACCUUCUUUGUCUUUUUCUUUGGGAAGCAGAAAGCGGAAAACAAGGGGUGAAAAGGAUAUCACUUUGGAUAUUCUCAAACAACACUUUGCUGGCAGCCUCAAGGACGCUGCUAAAAACAUUGGUGUAUGUCCGACGACCUUGAAGAGGAUCUGCAGACAACACGGAAUCGCAAGGUGGCCAUCGAGGAAGAUAAAGAAAGUGGGACAUUCUCUACGGAAACUGAAGGUGGUGAUGGACUCUGUUCAAGGAGUUCAAGGCUCUCACCAUCUUGCCUCCUUCUACUCAAGCUUCCCUCAACUUCAGUCUUCUUCUUCUUUGCCUUUGCCUUUGCUUGAUCCUACCAAAAGUGUCCACAACAAGUCACCGCACCCUUCCUCAUCUUCAUCAUCAGGCUCAAGCACAUGUUGCUCCUCCGAAGAGAAACAACUAGUGGGUGGCUGCUUCCACAAACCGUCUCAACUUCAACUUAGCAGCCUGAGGAAGGAUGAGCAGAGGGCAGAACGUGUGACGUCAUCCCUACCCCCAUUGCCAUCCGCAAAGGAGGAUGGAAUAAAAGUGAAUGCUAUGUUUGGUGAAUCCAAGAUGAGAAUGAGCCUGAAACACCACUGGGGAAUUGGAGACCUCAGAAGAGAGAUCGCAAAGCGGUUUGGGAUGGAUGUGACAAGUAACUUCAGGCUCAAGUAUAUGGACGAUGAUGAUGAAUGGGUUCUGUUGACUGGCGACGCUGAUCUUGAGGAGUGCAUUCAAAUCUACAAGUCCUCUCUUUAUAAAGAGACCGCCGUCAGAAUAUCUGUCUCUUCCUUGCUUUGAUUUUUUUGUUGUUGUUUUUGCAUAUUCCGUUUGAUCUUACACAUGUAUUAAUUGGUUGUUGGCAUCUUGUAAACUCCUGGCUCUGGUUGGCUAAGCCCUCUCUCUAUAUGUAUUCUAGCUUUCUUUGAAGGCGCUAGAUUAUGAUU